AUGGGUGUUUUAUUUUCUAGAAAUCUUCCUUUUAAAUAUUUCUUGCCAUUCCUUUUCUCCAGCAGAGUUUCUGGGAACUUAUUUCCCAAGGAACUCCAGGAUAUGAUGUGUAUGGUAUCUCGCACUGGAAGAGAUUUGCAACGUUAUGAUGAUGAUGGUUGUCGCCAAAUCGUCGGAUGCAUUCCAUAUAGAUAUAGGAGAAAAGGAGAGCAUAAGAAAGAAUUGGAGGUUCUUGUGAUUAGUGCUCAGAACGGAAAUGGAAUGCAGUUUCCAAAGGGAGGUUGGGAGACUAAUGAAUCCAUGGAGCAAGCUGCUUUAAGGGAGACCAUAGAGGAAGCUGGAGUUAUGGGAAAUAUUGAAACUAAAUUGGGUAAAUGGUCUUAUAAGAGCAAACGCCAAGAUGUUGUACACGAGGGUUACAUGUUUUCUUUACUUGUCAAGAAGCAGUUAGAGAAUUGGCCUGAGAAGAACUUCCGGAAAAGAAGUUGGAUGAGUGUUAGUGAAGCCAAAGAAGUUUGUCCACAUACUUGGAUGAAGGAGGCUUUGGAUGUAUUGGUCAUAUACACGAGGAACGUUCAAGAUUUUAGGACGGAUAAUUCAGAAUCAUUCAACAAAAAUCAAAUUAUGUUUGAAUGA